UUUUUUUUUCUCAUCAAAAACUUGACUUCAUCAACAAACAUAUACAAUGAACUUUACUAGACUUGCCUAUAAGCUUCCUCAAGUAGCACGUGCUUCUACUUCCCUUUUGACUCGUCAAGCUCCUCUUCGUCAUUAUUCUAUGAAGUAUGCUGUUCCUACUGUUUGCGAAUCUCCCUCUUCUCUUUAUUCUUUUACUGAAGAAGAAUUGAUGUUCAAGGAUACUGUUGGUCGUUUUGCUCGUGAAGUGGUUCAACCUCGUGUCCAAGCCAUGGAUGAAGCUGAAGUAAUGGAUAAAGAUAUCAUUGACUCUAUGUUUGAAAAUGGGUUGAUGGGUCUUGAAACUGAAAGUGAUUUUGGUGGUGCUGAAUGUUCUUUCACUGCUGCUAUUUUGGCUGUUGAAGAACUUGCCAAGGUUGAUCCUUCUAUCAGUGCUUUGUGUGAUAUUCACAAUACUUUGACCAAUACUGUUAUUCGGAAGUGGGCUAAUAAAGAUCUCAAGGAAAAGUACUUGACUCGUCUUGCAACUGAUACUGUCGGUAGUUUCUGUAUCUCUGAAGCAGGUGCUGGUAGUGAUGCCUUUGCUCUUCAAACUCGUGCAGAAGAUAAGGGUGAUCAUUAUGUUAUCAAUGGUGGUAAGAUGUGGAUUUCCAAUUCCGGUGAAGCUGACAUCUUUGUCAUCUUUGCUAAUGUCGAUCCUUCCAAGGGUUACAAGGGUAUCACUGCCUUUAUUGUCGAAAAAGAAUGGGGUGUUCAAAUCGCCAAGAAAGAAAAGAAGUUGGGUAUUCGUGCUUCUUCUACUUGUGUCUUGAACUUUGAUGAUAUCAAGGUUCCCAAAGAAAAUGUUCUCGGUACCAUUGGUGAUGGUUAUAAAUAUGCUAUCGACUCUUUGAAUGAAGGUCGUAUUGGUAUUGCUGCUCAAAUGAUUGGUUGUGCUCAAGGUGCCUUUGACAUUGCUGCUACUUAUGCUCAUGAACGUAAGCAAUUUGGUAAGCCUAUCGCAAGCUUCCAAGCUAUGCAACACCAAUUCGCUCAAGUCGCUGUGGAAAUUGAAGCUGCUCGUUUGAUGACCUACAAUGCUGCUCGUCUCAAGGAAGAAGGUAAACCUUUCGUUAUGGAAGCUGCCAUGUGUAAGCUUAAGGCUACUCGUGUUGCUGAAAUGGCUACAAGCUACGCUGUUGAAUGGAUGGGAGGCAAUGGUUUUGUCCGUGAAACUGGUGUCGAAAAAUUCUACAGAGAUAGUAAGAUUGGUUCUAUCUAUGAAGGUACCAACAAUAUGCAAUUGGAAACCAUCGCCAAGAUUCUUUUGCCCAAGUACAAAUAGAUUCGUCGAUAGGAUGAUGGAUGUUUAGGAUGAUCGUGUAGAUAGUAUCACAUUUUUUUUUAGUGUCGUUAUUUUUUUGUCAUUUGAAAUAAAAAUACAUAUGUAGAAACAGA